CAACUCCGACUCCGAGUAAAAUGCAUUUCUGCUCGAUCCAAUUUCUUCGUCUUCAAGUCUCAUGAUUCGUUCCAUUUCCACGCCGAUGUAAUCGCGAUCUCUGUUUCAAUCAGUAUUUAUUCCUCAGUUUCACGAAAUUCAACAAUCCAUUUCUUCACAUCCGGAUUUACAUCUUCGCCGAUCGGUUUGAGAGUGGUAAGCUUUUGAUUUUUAGGGUUUAGGGGAAAACAGUAUCAAAUCGAAGAGCAUCGAAUCAAACGAUGUCGGUGCCUUCUUUCUUGCUCGAUCUGCUCGUCAUCAGUCCGUAUGCUACCUGCUUCUAUGGCGUCUUGUGUUUUCAUCGUCUGAAACCUCGGUGUAGUAGUAUUAGUUAACAUUUGCUUUCUCCUUGGUUAUCUUUCUCUUCCUCCUUUACGUUGUCCUUGUCCCUUCUAGAUGCUACGGUAGGACGGUUUAGCUGCUUCUUUUUUUCUCGGAAAAUAUGGUCGGUCUUCGCUUUUGAUCGUUAAUCGGGUUGAUUUUGUGAUUGCUGGAUUUAUUCUUCAAAGGAUCAUUCCCUUGAUAAUAAGGUCUUCUUUGUGAUUCGUGGUUAAGGAGUUUAUUGGGGAUUUUGACAAGGUUCAUUCUUCGAAAGAUAUAUUCUGCUGAUAAUCAGGUCGAUUUUGUGGUUGUGAUUGAGGGGUUUAUAGAGGAUUUUUCCAAGGUUCAUUCUCCAAAAGAUCGGUUACUCUGAUAAUCCGAUCUGUUUUCGUGAUUGUGUUUGAAGGGUUUAUAGAGGAUUUUGACAAGGCUCUUCAGAAGGUCUGUUUCUGAUUGAUGGACAACACUGCUUCUAGUAUGAAGUUUGUUUCUGAAAAUCUAAGUUUCUCUGGCAACUUAGUGAAGGAUCUUAACCACUGUGCUUACGACUCUCUUGAAGAUUUUGAUGCAAGUGAUAUUAGGGACCAUUUGACUAAGUUCCUAAGUAUUAAGGAGGACGAGGAAUCAAGUGAUGAGAUAAAACCGAAGUCUUAUAAAGAUGAUGGGUCAGAAAAUAACCAUUACAGUCAGUCAAGCAAUUUGGAUACAGAGAAGUGUCUGAUCAAGUUUGCAACAUUUCCAUGCUCCAGUAAGAGUAAAUCUCCCAGUGAAUUCAUUGGCAGGAAAGAGGAGCGAAAUGAUGAUGUAACUGCAGAUAUUGGCGUGCUUAAUGAUGAUGAAAGUUCUGCUAAUCGUCUGCUUUCACAUUCUAAAUCCUUGCCUACUCCUUUGAAGUUCAUAUCUGCCAUGAAAGGUAGCCGUGAAAAGCUGGGAACACCACCCAAGAAGCUCAGUGUGAAAUGGGCUCCCGAUGUAUAUGAUCCAAUUCCAACAUCAGUGUCUCAUGUGCCAAAGAACAGACCUCGGCACAGGAGUGAUGGCAAGAAGAAAGGAAAGAACAAACAGAAGAACAGUGCCAAAUCUUCUCGGGGCAGCAAGGCCAAAGACAAGAAACAAGUUCGGAAACACGGGAGUAGCUCCAAUUCUAAGAGGGAUUUCCCACUGUUGGAUGAAAGCAGCACCAGCAUAUUGGUCGCCUCCAGUGAGGUCCAGACCAGCAUUGUGGAUUUUGAUAUUGGCAGCCCCCCUGCGGCGUUCUGUGGAAGUAGUUUUCUGAAGAAAUCUGUCCCCAAGUUGCACUUUGCAGUUGCAGAGGCUACGUGAGGUGAGGACUGAGAACCCCUCCCUCCCAUCAGAAGUAUCUCUUCACUUCAUCCCCACUCAUCAUUUUUGUAAAUAAAUAAGAAUUUGUUGUCACAACUUUUUGUGAUCACUGGAAUAACUCCCGAGUUUUGUGUGUUUUGUUUUAUGGUUGUAACCAAAUAAUAACAACAUUGAGGCUCUCUAAAUAAUUUUGCUACUUCAUAUA